CCUCUCUACACAAGAUGAGCUUUGCUGCAGCCACCGGUCGCGCAAUAUGCUCUUUCUUAUACGAUCGGAUACUUCAGGUUGCUAUGGCACGCGAAUGCCGCAGCAAACACCAGAGCAGAACAGGCGGAUCUUGCCCGGUCUUGCUAUGCUCUGACACAGCAAAACGCGUCGUGCGCCGUGACGCUGAGAACGAUAGGCACGCGAUGAGAAGUUGACCCAGCGCAGCGGAGACCAUGGUACGGAUAUCGUGUUCGAGAACAAUAGGUAGGACAUUUUGGUAUUGUUUGCUCCCACCACGCACCUCUUUGUUUCGACGCGACACGUUUACCGAAAAUGCAGAACACCAUAUCCUCGCGUUUCACUCCACUGCGAAGUUGUUCUCCAAGCAAGCAUGGAGAAACACACCCAGCUGGUGGCGCAGAUCGCCAGCAGCGUGAAGGAGUUCUACGACAAGAAGCAGAAAUUUCGCAUCUAUCGUGGAGCUACGAACAGCAGUCGCAACCAGACCUUGCGCGACAAGAAGAAUGUCGUGGAUACGAGCGGACUAAACCAUGUGCUCAAAGUUGAUACGGAGAAGAUGUUGGCGUACGUUGAAGCGAACGUGCCAAUGGAUAAGCUGGUAGAAGCUACCUUGGCCUACGACCUCACACCUGCUGUCGUGGCAGACUUCCCUGGUAUCACUGUUGGAGGUGGCUACUCUGGCACCACUGGCGAGAGCUCCUCUUACAAACAUGGCUUCUUCAAUCAGACUCUCGAGUCAGUGGAAAUGGUCCUGGCAAAUGGCGAGGUCGUUACAUGCUCUGAGACCAAUCUUCCGGACUUGUUCCAUGGUGCAGCAGGAGGUCUGGGAUCAUUUGGUGUUGUAACCCUGCUCGCAAUCCGCCUCGAGAAAGCGCAAAAAUAUGUCGAGACGACAUACCAUCCUGUCUCUAGCAUCGAGGAAGCCGUCGAAAAGGUCAAACACUUCACUUCCGGUGCCCAAUACGACAAGUCCGACUAUGUUGACGGUAUUUUGUGGUCAAAGACUUCAGGUGCUAUUAUUACUGGCCGACGCACUAACGAGCGCACUCCUGGUGUAGCCGUCGCUCGAUUUUCUGCGCCCAGUGAUCCCUGGUUCGCCUGGCACGUAGAGGAGCGUCUGAAAGCGAGCAACGGCCCAGUCACAGAGCUCAUUCCGCUUCCAGAGUACUACUUCCGCUACGACCGAGGCGGCUUCUGGGUAGGCGCCAGCAUUUUCGAGAUGACGAAGGGCGCCGUUCCCUUCACCAAGCGCACGCGAUACUGGCUGGACGAUUUUCUACAUACGCGAAUGCUCUACGCAGCAAUGCAUUCGCUUUACCUCAAUAUUCAGAUCAUUCAAGACGUGGCUAUUCCUAUGUCAGCUGCAAAAGAGUUCAUCGAAUGGGAGACCGAGGAGAUCAAGAUCUGGCCGCUAUGGCUCUGCCCUUUGAAACAGACUCCAGCUCCGACGUUACAUCCCCACACUACGGAAAAGAAAGCCGACGGAAGUCCGGAGCUCAUGCUGAACGUCGGAAUUUGGGGGUCACCCAUUGAAGCCGAUCUCGACUGCUAUCUCAAAGAAAACAAAGCCAUUGAAGAUAAGCUGCACGAGGUCGGAGGUAUGAAAUGGAUGUAUGCUGCGUCUUUCGCAUCGGAAGAGGACUGGUGGCGACCAUUCGAUCGCAAGUGGUAUAACAGCUUGCGCGAGAAAUACCAUGCCACUACGUUGCCGACCAUCUUCGACAAAGCUCGACAUGAUCCAAAGAAGCUCGAGCAGCAUGUCGAAAAUUUCAGCUGGAAAGAUGCUCUGCCUAUCAUGUUGUUUAGUGGAGGAGGACUUGCUCUAGGCAAAGCAUGGCUCAGUGGUGAGUGGAGAAAGAAGAGGAAGUCUACUUGGAUGAACUGGGUUCCGAGAGGUAAAGGUGAGUAAGCGUCGUAUCGUGGAUGCGGCAGGAAGUGGGAGUAUUGAUACAAAGCUCAUCAAUGUUAAAUCCUUUCGGGCCCUAUCUUGAUCACGGG